GCUCAAUCGGGCGCCGGCUCCCACCCCCAGGCGAAUGACGCACGAGUCAUGUGUUGUUUGUGCUGCGCUCCGUAGUGUACACAGGGCGCGAGCAGCAGAUUGGUAGCCCGCUAGGAGGAUCUACCGAUAAUAGAUCGGGUAAAUGUGGUCAUGUUGCAGUUGCUGGCAUUGAGUUCGAGGAGCAUUGGCUGGGAUACCUGCUUUUCAUGUGGCGGCCGAGAGAAGCUCAACACUGAAAAGACUUAAGUGCGCCGCCUGAGACACGGUUUCCCCCAAACAAACAUGGGGUCUCAGUCUAAAAGCCUGAGGUAAAGUGACCUUAAAUCUCCUAUCUGAUGGCAAAUUUCGAGAACUACCAAGAAGGCAAAGCCGCUAUGUUGAUGCUGGAAACGCAACAGCGGGCUAUCGGGACUAAACCCGCAGCUGCAACGGCGAACGGCGACACUUCUGUCGGGGAACCCCCUUCCGUACUCGAUGUCGGCGGCGCCGCGUUUCAUCAACCGAGCGAACAACAUCCACAGCAGCAACAGCACCUGGAAUCGCCGGCGAGGAAAGCAUCUGCCUCCUCUCUUAACCGGGCGCUUGAGGACUCAGCAGCGAGUAACACGUACAGUACUACCUCAGCUUCCCCUGCUGUGAACACCGUGUCAGACGACAUUAGGAAGUGCGGCUAUCUGAGAAAGCAGAAACACGGCCAUAAGAGGUUUUUCGUCUUGCGGGCGUCGAGUCAUCUGGGGCCGAGCAGACUGGAGUACUAUGACAGCGAGAAGAAAUUUCGAAACACUCUGCGCUCAAACGCCGCCGCCGCUGCCGCCGCCUCCUCCUCCUCAGCUGGAGCUUCUCCCCCCAAAAGAGUGAUCUAUCUCUACCAGUGUUUCACUGUGAAUAAAAGGGCGGACUCUAAGAAUAAGCAUCUCAUCGCUCUGUAUACUAAGGAUGAAUACUUUGCGAUUGUCGCGGAGAACGAGCAGGAGCAGGAGGACUGGUACCAGGCGCUCAGUGAGCUCAUGAGCGAGGGCAAGAAAGGCCAUCUGGAUGCGGAUGAGAUUGACGAUGGAUACGGUACUGUGACCCCCGGGACUGACUUUAAGGAAGUGUGGCAGGUAAACGUUAAACCGAAGGGCCUGGGCCAGACCAAGAAUCUCACUGGCGUGUAUAGGCUCUGUCUGUCCGCUAAGAGCAUUCACCUGGUAAAGCUGAACUCUGAGACACCUUGCGUGAACUUGCAGCUGAUGAACAUCAGACGCUGCGGCCAUUCAGAGAGCUUCUUCUUCAUCGAGGUCGGCCGGUCUUCGUCUAUAGGGCCUGGGGAGGUUUGGAUGCAGGUGGAUGAUUCUGUGGUGGCUCAGAACAUGCACGAGACCAUUCUAGAGACCAUGAAAGCGCUGAAGGCGUUCGCCGAGUUCAGGCCCAGAAGCAAAAGCCAGUCUUCUGGCACCAACCCGAUGGGAUUCAUCACCACUCGGCGACACUUGGGCAACCUCCCGCCCAGCCAGACGGGGCUCCAGCGGCGGUCUCGGACCGAAUCUGUGGUGGGCACGCCACCCAGCAGGAAGAGCAGUGGAGCGAGUGGCUACCGGUUCCGCACCUCCAGCGAGGGAGAAAGCACAAUGAACCGCCCGUUUCGCUCGGUGACAGGUAGCCUUAUUCAUCUCAACACAGCCCGUGCUAACCUGAGCCGCCAGGAAAGUAGCAGUGGGGCAGGGGCCCGUUAUAUUCGUGCCCCGCCAGGCUCCACUUAUCAUGCCCGUUCUGCCUCCCUGCCAGUGUCACACUUUCCUUCUACCACCAGUCCGAUCAGCAUGUCCAGCAGCAGCGGCCAUGGCUCUGUGUCAGACACCAUCACUCGCCCCUCCAGUGCGUCCAUUUGUGGAUCCCCGAGCGACGGAGGUUUUAACUCAUCUGAUGAGUACGGCUCCAGCCCCGGAGACUUCCGGUACUUCAGAGUGCGCAGCAACACCCCUGACUCUCUGGGAAACACGCCUCCCAUCCGUGAGGAGCACUGCCUCAAUGACUACAUGGCUAUGGGCUGGAAUCGCGACGUGUUCGGAACGAGUGCAGCCGAGGCCAUCAAAGAUGAGAGUACAGAUGAAGAUUCACGACAGGGGUCUUUACGGAGGCGGACACCCUCUUUCUCCAGGCAGGUUGGGGGCGCUAGUGCUGCUGGAGUUGCUGUUUAUCAGAAGAUGACCCAGACCACCUUCUCGCUGGACGAGGCUGUGGCUGAGAGUAGCUCUUGGGGUGGCAGUGUCCAGACUGUCUCUACCUCCUCCUCCCUCUGCUCUGACUACAGCUCCAGUUCUGAACAUAGCCAGGACCGGCCCCCUAGCCUACGGCCUGCAGACCCGUCUAAGGAUGAUGGGUACAUGCCCAUGAUGGCAGGUGUGCUGCCCUCCACUAGUGAUGCAGACUACAUGCCUAUGCAACCAAAUAUCCUCCUCUCUGCCUCUCCUCAAGUCCCAAGUGCUGCUUUACAUGUUCCUCAGCACAUGGACUCUCAAGGCUACAUGAUGAUGCUCCCAGGUAGAAGUGGGGCUGCUGACUCCCCCGUCCCAUCCAGCCCUGACAUUAGCAGACGAGCAGAGGGACGAAGAACCUCAGACCGCCAUCCGAAUGCAGAAUACAUGGAUAUGUCUCAGAGCAGUUCCACAGCUAAUGCUCAAAAAGUUUCUGCUGAGAAUUAUUACGCCUUGACCACUCCUGGUGUCCCCAAAUCCUACAGUCCAUAUUUCUCCCUUCCUCGCUCAUACAAAGCUCCAUCCAGAGACCAGGCUGAGCAUGACGAUCACGUCCCAAUGAGUUCCCCGGCGAAACCGGUCUACAUUUCACCCACAGCCACCCCAGAUCGCAGUAGCAGGUGCCCACCUCCUGAGUCUUCUCAACAUAAUGGCUUCACAGACCGCCGUGCCGUUCGGCCGAACCGCCUGCCACUAGGAAGGCGGAGUUUGCACGGCUCUCUGCGAGCAGGAGAGGGACCAGUGCGUCCUUCCAGCCCUGGAGAGUACAUUAAUAUUGAAUUUGGUGAUCGGCCCACAUAUUCUGCCUGUUCGUUGUCUGCUGAAGGCUCCCCCUCAACCCAUAGCAUUAACCGAGAGCAGCGUAGGUCUCCGCUGCCACAGGAUUACAUGACUGUCGAGAUUGAUGGUCUUCCACCAAAGAGUCGGUCCCCACGGCCCUCUCUGGUGGCCCCCUGGAAUCCUCCAUCAUAUAUCCGGCCCUCUUCGUCUUCCCACUGCAGUGGGCUCACAGUGGGUAAGCCUGAUGACUACACGGAAAUGUCUUUUGAGCCCGAGGAGGAGUCCAAGAGCCCUACAGCCAUGCUUGAGCACCUGUGUGUUCUGGAGCAACACUUUUUCCCCUUCAGCCCCCCGACUGAGCCUAAGGUCGUGCGAGCUGACCCCCAGGGCAGGCGGAGACACAGUUCGGAGACCUUUGUCACAUCAGGUGCGUCAAGUGGAAGUGGCCCGGACACCAAUGGCACAGUGCCUGGCAGUAGCGGGGCUCAGCAGGUGGGCCGCAGCAAGGGCCAGAACUUUGACUGUGUUUGGCCUGACGGUGUGACAUCUGGCAGUGAGGCAGCACAUGGAAACUCCUCAGAUAGAGACAAUUCCCCCUCUGUGAGGUCUGCUAGGACUCUACCUGUGGAACACCAGAAUGGCCUGAACUACAUCGCCCUAGACCUGAGAAACGAUCUCCGGCCUGGGAACAGUCAUGAUGCGCUUCCCUUGCCAUCCUCCAGCGCUCCUCCCCCAGAGAACGGUGCCUAUGCCAGCCUAGAUUUAAUGAAAUCUGAGGGGCUUACAUCAGUGUCUAAAGGAGCUGCUGUGUGCUUGGCUGAGUGUGUGUUGCUGCAGGGGGAGCGAGAGAAUGAAGCGUUAGUGAGUCAGUGUUCUCAGCAAGCCCUAGAUGACUCAUUUGUUUAUCAUAGUUGAAGCAGAGAUGGAUGUGUGUGUGUGUGAGAGAGAGAGAGAGAAGCUUGGUUUAAAGCAUGUAAUAACUUUCUAGCAUCUUUUUCACCCUCUCUUUCUCGUACCCUUCUUUUCCGUUGGCAGACAGAACUGUUGUAGAUGUAUGACUCAGGUGAUGAUACACAGGAAACUUUAUUUUCAAGCAGCAUUGCCGCCAACUAGCUACGGAUAUAGACUGCAGGGGAUAGCUGUAAAAUGUUUUGCAUGAUAAGUCAUUGGCUAAAGGACCCGCAAUACACUGCCAUGCUUUUGGGGGCACUAUGUGUAGGCUACUAUUCCAGUACUCCUGCAGGGCAGUUUCUGUGCCAUUACUGUCGUCGCACAAAUGCCAAACAGGUCUCCCUCUUCGAUAUCAAUGUCAGUGUUGACUAAUGCUCAAUCACAACAGUUAAAUCUUAUACAGGGAGUUCAACCUGCAGAUGGAUUAUUUACAUGGUAAACCUUAUGUUUUAUUUGCAGCUUAUUUUACGUUAAACCAAGUACACUUUCAGUACGUAAAAUUAUGCAUUUUUAGUUUUUCCGUUGUGUGUGAAAUGCCUGUUCUAUAUAGUUUUUUUUUUUUUUUUGUGUCAUAUGCUCUACUGUUCUACACCGAGAUCUGAUCUGUCUGGAUCAACAUGAAGAAACCAACUAAGACAAAGUAAAUCCAGAUGAACUGUGGCAGUGUCUCCAAGAUGCCUCCAAGAAACCUACCUGCAAAUAUACAUUAAUAUUAAACGUUUUAGGCACUUGUGUAAGUCUUUUGAAAAUAAUGUCAUCAAUAGAUAUGUUCUGUCAAUGCACAUAGAUUUUGAGAUAAUUUUGCGGUUUCUUGAAGCAUCUAUGCCAAAUUUCUUCUGGAUUGAGUCUCUCCUUUUUUCCCAGUUUAUUUAUGUCAGUCCAGACAGACUGGAUGACAGUGAGACUUGAUUUCUGUGUAGAGCACUGUCUGUCUCUCUCCUUGUGCAUACAAAGUCUCCCUAGAGUAUUAAAAUAAUGGCAAAAUGAAUGUUUGGGAAUGUAAAAGGAUACCCCCUGCUGACACAAUGGAGUAAAAAAAAAAAAAAGGAAUAACUCACCUAAAACCAUUUUUGUUGGUGAAAAUAUUAGUGGAUUAAGACGUGUUCAUGCUCUAUAUGGAUUUGUAACUAUAGAGUGGCACUUUGUUGUCUUUCCAAAAGUCAGCCAAUCAUGUCAGAAUCGACCCUCAGCUUCAUGUAUGGAUUGGAUCAUCUGUGUGUGGCCUGCACAACACACUCGCUCCGUCUGUACAUGCCUGGCAGCGCAGGUUUGCACAAGACUACACUAACAUCAGCUACAUCAUUCCAAACUUAUAAUACAAAGAAAUUCUUGCAAACGUUCAAACUUUAGUAGGAUGUAGGUCGAAUUAGUCCCUCACUUUUUUUUUUUGUGUGUGUGGAAUCCUUCAGGACUUCAGUGCACUGCAGAGGCUCAGUUUGUUCUAUUGGUACCAGGUGUCGAAACCAAACAUGUUGUACAGUUUCAUGUUUCAAGCUUGUGCAUGUUUUGUUGGCUCAUCCACUGCUUUCUUUGAUGUGGGCUAAUAGUCUCAGCAUUUUGUAGUGCAGGACAUGUGCUGCAGGAAAUGCAUCAUUGUUGAAAAAUGUUGUUCUUAAGCCUGCUGUGUUCAUCCACCUGGAGAAGCUAUGACUCAGUCCAGCCAGUUGUCUUUCUCUUAAUCUCUCUCUGUUUCUUUACUGCUAUCGAAUGUCUGUUAUUUCAGGAUUAUUGACCUCUUUUUCGCUUUUUUUUAAGUUAAUUGUACAACAGUAGUGACUUGUUAUUCUUUGAAGUAUCUUGAGUACAGAAGUAUGUGAAUGUGGUAAUCAUUCAGUACCAAAGUACUGUUGCACUCCGUCAUUGGCAUGCAGUAGUAUCUUGAAAUGAGGAAGCAAAGUCCUUAAGUUUUUUUUUUUUUUUUUAAAUGUUAAAUGUAAAUUGAUGUUCCAGUUAGACUUAAUGUUGAAACGUUAGACAAAUAAAUAAACAUUACUAUUAAUAAAAACAAAAAUGAUUUUUUGCAUUAAUGAUAAAUUCAAAUAUAACAUCAAGAGUUGAUGCUUUUUAUAUUUUUUUGCGACGUACUUUUAAUUGAUCCAAACUAAAAAUGUACAGAUCAUGUAUGCCAGUUAUUUAAAUUUGAUUUAACAUGACCAAACAGUGAAUGAGUCGCUAUUUAGUCUGAUCAGUUUGUGUAUUUGAAACAACAAAAAUAGGAGAAUAAGGGUUUUAUUGCAUGCAUAAUGUAAAAGGUCAAUCAAAAUGCAAAAGUCAUUGCUUCCUCUCAUGUGACUCUCAAUCAUUGUGGUACCUUUUAUUUUGUCAAGUUUUUUGGGGGAGGCAUUGCCAUAAUUUAGAAGAAUCAAAUACGUUUGCCACCAUUGUUAUAACUGGUGGUUAAUUAUAAAGCAUUGUUAUAAAGCUUUUUACUAGUGUUUUGUUAUAAGUGUCCACACCACCUGAAAACGGUCUGUGAAAUUGGCAUCGUGAGAAAUACACACCUGUAUACCGUGACAGCUCUUUACAGGGCCAACGGCAAAAGGAGCAUCAAGUGAGUGCUAUGUGCUUUUUAUUGCUAGUAAGAAACAUUUUGUAUAUCAGGUUUACUGAGACGUUAUUGGAGGGAGGACAUUCGAUUGAAUUUGGCGCAAGUUAGCAGUAAAUUUGCUUAUGACCUUUAACCUCAAGCACAGGUUAGUCUAGAUGCUUUUUAUUCUGACGUUGUGAGCAGGUCAACUGUAUGUGACGCUGGGAUGUUAAUAAGGCAAUGUUUUUGCUCUGCCGGUACACGAGCCUGUCUGAAUAUGGGGUAUGCGCGCUCUUUGUGGUGUUGGAAUGUAAAUUAGCGAGUGCAUAACUACACAGGAAUGCGUUUUAAUCACAACACGUAGGGCUUUUCAGAGCUCACUCUGGGACUAUCACACAUCACGAGGUAAACAGCCAAGGUAGCGUACAACAGGACGGUUUGUUUUGUACGGAUCAUCCAAAUGAGCAGAGAAAUGUUUGAAACUGGUAUUUUGGUCUCUGCUGAUGGUCUUUGUCUGAUACUAGUCUGUUUUAUUUUGACUGUACAAACCUUUCUGUACAAAAAUGUUCUGUGAGGCUGUUAGAUGUUAAUGCAGUGAUUCUGUGUCAUGGAAAACAUGGAAAUCCCAUAAUACUUUGUUGGUUUGUUUGUAUUGCUGCUUGAUGCCACUGCGGUAACAUCUGCCCCAUCUCUCAAUGUGUAUUCUUGUCUGAUUCAUUAGAUAAGUAUUAGUUACAACACUAACUUUAGCAAUUUAUAUUUUUGUUUAUUAGAAAGGCAUUAUAUUGCUGCAUUGAGCUGAAUGAAUCACAUUGAAUGACAUUGUGUUAGAUUUAGCAGUCAAGUUUUUUUUUUAUUUUUUUAUAAAUACUCUUUGCUUGUCUGUAGAGCUUAAUUACAGGUACAUUUAGCAAUUUAUUAUCACUGUAUCAUUAUCGGAAUAUGCUAUUAGCAGGUGGCCCUGAUUUGUUUAUCCUGUGUGCAAAAUCGUUUAUUUUAUUAUUAUUAUUAUUUUAUUUUUUUUUUUUAUAGUAGUAGAAAUACCGAGGAAUCCUUGUUUAUCUAGAUAUUUUUUCCUCUGUCAUUUUUUUUUUUUUUUUUUACUCAUCAGAGUGGGCAUGAUUUUAUUGGGAAGCUCUGUAUUUUUUUUUCGUACUAAGUUUUAACUGGGACAAAAUGAAUGAGGACGUCUUGUGUGUGUAUAAGUGUAGCUUUAUUUAGGGAGAUCUGAGCAGGACUUUAGCUCAGCUCAGCUCAUCUGAAACAGAGGGUUUCAGAUGAGCUGAGCUAAAGUCCUGCUCAAGAGGCAUCAUGCUCUUCUGUACAUCACAUAUGCCUAUAUUUACAGCGUUAUUUUGAGAGCACACCUUAUUUACGACCAUGGCAUGUGCUGAACUGUAUUGCUCUUAUUGCAGGAAAUGAGGACCGCAGGUAACGGGAUCCUUUUCCUGUGUUAAAUUCUGUUCAAACACGCGCACACACACUCUUUCAUUGCAUUACAAAGCACAUGACAUGAGAGAAUCAUAGCAACAAGGAUGAGACAGACUGUUUAAAAUGUACAUAUGCUUUUGUAUCUAGUGCAAAAUGUACUAUUGUGUGUCUCUCUCUUUGAAACUGUAGCUAUAGAGGAUCAGUCUCAGAAUCUCAUUUUAUCAGCAAACCUCUGUAUUUCCAAAAUGUUUUUUUAAGUAUGCAAAGACUUGUAAUACAGCUGCAAAUGAUUUACAAAGUCCAGCAACUUCUAAUAGGUUUAUUGUUAGAAUUGAAUACUCAGGGAUGCAUUACAUAAAUCAGAAAUAUUUUUGUACGUUCCUGAAUAAUGUAUAAAAUAUAAUGUUUGUAAUAUUUAAGAUAAGAAAUGUUACUUAAGCACUAAUUCUGCAUAAAAGAAUGAUUUCUGAAGGAUCAUGUAACACUGAAGAUUGGUGUAAUGGAUGCUAAAAAUUAAAUCAGUAUAUGACGAUAUAGAAAAAGUAACAUUUCACAACAGUGUUUGUUGCAUAUUGGUCAAAUAAAUGCACUCUUGAUGAGCAUAAAAAA